CAACUACCACGGAGCACAACUCCGAUAAAUGACCAUGAUCCAGAUAAACUGAAUAUGAAACAGGUCAUUGCAUUUCUUCAGACAAAAAGUUCAAAAGAUACACAGAAAAAGAUCAUAAAUGAUAAGAGGGCAUACCUUACUUCUUCCAACGGGAGAAAUCCUUCGCGGGGAAGAACAACUAAUUGCUUGCCAGGUUCACCAAAAGUAGUAACAUAUGAAAACGACAGCGUUCCUACCAUUUCUCGUUCAAAUACGGUUAUCAAGGAAGAUAAACUGGACCCUGAUAAUACAAGAACAACUAAUGGUUGUGUUUCUGUGAUGUCGACGAAAAGUACACCCAAUUUUUCAUCCAAUUUGAAAUCUGGAAGAGAUUCUAAGAUAUCGAGCACAACAAGUGUUAAGUCUUUUAAAGAAAGAUCAAAAGAUCGCAAACAUUCCAAACAUAAACCUAUGAAAGAGUUUAAGUUAUAUAGGUUCCUUGCAGUCGCACCUGAUGGUCGAGCAGAACGUCUAGCAACUUCGUUCACUGAUUCUGUUCCGGUCGUCGAGUCAACUGUGUUAAGGACGGAAACUUCAAAACAUACGGAUACACCUCGGAAAAUUUUACGCAGAAGGAGUAACAGAGAAAUUGGUACCGCACAUGUUCUACACAGACAUGCGUCUAACAGAUCAGCGACUACUCCACCUAAAGUAGAAACUCAAGAUAGUUUUGUUGAGGAACAAAAUAAGACUAUAAGACUUCCAAUCAUGCCAAAUGGAGAAAAUGACACGGCGGAUAUAGAUUCAGAUUCUUGCUCAACUACUUCCGCAACUUGUAAUUCAGUGCAAAAUAGUUCCUCAAAAGAAGAUCGUAGUAAAUAUCCAAAGAAAGGCAAGGCGAUUGCCUUACAUGAAAGUAUUGAUGUAAACGUUAAAGAUAAAAACGCUGAAAAUAUUUCUGCUAAUGCACAUUCUGAAAUUCAAGUUCGUGAAUUUAAAGCACCAACAUUUCCACGUGUAGAUAUUCCGGGACCAAAACAUAUACACAUAAAUCUUCCACAGGAAGAUAAAAAGACCUAUUCUCAGGAAAUAGUCCGUCUUACAUUAAGACAUGAAAAGGGUGCUACACGCUUCAAUAGUUACAUGAGUGAUAUUCAGCAAGGACAACCCUCGCAUUGGCAUGAACAAUAUUCCAACAGUAAUGAUGACGAUAUGCCACAUGGAAAUGUGACGUCAUUUAAAUAUGUGAACUAUCAUGAGGGGAAACAGUGGUUGGAUAAUUCCAAACAUCUCCUAAAUAACAUCUCAAACAAUAGCUUCAUUAAAGUUAGAGAAAAACUAAGGGAGACAAAUUCGUGAAAUUCAACGGAAAACUAUUUAAGAAAAUGGGUGCUUUUAGAUUUGUAAAGAAAUACACUUUGCUUGUUAGAAAUUUAUGUUAUAGUUUAGAAAUGAAAGCAGUCAAUGUACUUUUCAUGAAUCAUAAUUUACAAUUCAACAUAAAAUUAUGGAUAUUUUCUUCCUUAUCUAAAAAGUUAAAUUGAUUUUAGACAACAAUCCUUAAUUGUUAUAAUCACCCUAAAAAUAGUACAAGCAUAGUUUAAGUCAUGAUCUACUCAAGUCAAGCGUUCGUCAUAUAGAUAAUACAUGUCGUAGCUGAAGCAUUGAAAUUCAACAUAUACAGUCAACUGAUUUACAUCUUAUUUGGUGCAUAUUCUUAACAGUGAGCAAAUUGUACGAUAUCCUUUUCAUGUACAUGUAGUUUAAUUUCAUGCUUUACAAGAACAAAAACUUUAUACCAUUUUAUUGAAACAUUAUCGCUCACUAAUACAUAUCUUAGGCUUACUAAAUACGUUAUUGUGAUAUAUUUGAAUUUUAAAAUCACUGCUACGUUAUCAAAAUAUAGAUAAGACAGAAAAAGUUAUGUUCCGUACAAUAACAUAAAACAAUUUAUAAUAAUGCUAAUUCUGAAACUUUGAUUGGCUUCGGCUUUUUAUAUACUAUGCCGUAUAUACCGUAAAGAACGCAAAUCGUACCAAUAAUAUAUCCUUGUUUACGAAAAUAUAACGCUCGGCCACCACCCCGUGUCGUAUUUAUCGUCUCCCUUUUAUCCCACCAGCAACUUGUAUAACUAGUAAUAAGCAUAUGGUAUUUUUGUAUAAUAGUUUGGAGACCUUUCUGUUGAAAAUGUUUCAGAGUUAAAUCUUAUACAUAUACAUGCACAGUGCGUUAACUGGAGUGAACUUUUUACGAGUAAAUACCCGCACUCCAGAGCAUGCCCAUCCUUUUCUAGGGUUAACUUAUUAUAACGACAGAGAAAGGGAAAGCUCGUUCAUUGGUUACUUUUUCUGGGGUGUCAAAUUGUGGCACAAUGUAACGUGUUUUUAUACAAAAGAGAAAGAACAUCAAAACACUCGGCAAUCUGAUUAAUAACGCUGCACAAUUUUGUAGAUUGUGAUGUCAUUUUGUCGUAUAACUGUUACGCCCCUAGUACAAAUCAGAUAGUCUCGUGUUUCGAUGCUCUUUCUAUUACUUAUUUGUAUAUUUACAAUAACAUGAAGCUGAAAUGUUCAUAUACAAAAAAGGCACACCCUCUUUUGAGAAGAAAAUAUGAGGUUGCACUAUUUUGUAGAUUGUGACGUCAUUUUGUCGUAUAACUACACGCUCAAGAAUUAGCUCAUCUUCUUUUUUGCAAAUUAUAAUAAUAACAAUAAUAUCAUUAUUAUAUUCUAUUUUUAAAGUGGUGAUAUUAAACGUAUUCAUAUACAUGUAACUCUAUUCUUCAGCGGAAUUUCAUGUUGAAGUUAAAUAAUUAUUUAGUAAUAAUUAUGUAUUCAUAUACAAAAUAUAUUAAAUUAUUA